AUGACACGCAUGAAGUUGGACUACGACGCCACCACCACACCGAUGGCCUGGGAUUCCGUCAAAGGAGGGCUUUCGUUGAGGGAGAGGACAAGGGCUAGAGAGGAAUACUCUUUUAGUAUACUUGAGGGGUUAUUUUUCUUCUGCAAAGAAGAUGAUAGUGUUACAAUUGCUAAUAGAGGACCUUUCAUGCAAAGCUUUCCUACUGGGAACCCCAGUUAUCAUGGAAGACACACAAUAGUAAUUGCUCCUCAGACUGUAAAUUUUCAACCUAAUGUUGCCCCUUCCGUCAUAGUAGAUGAAUUUAAGUCUUUGACAGAUUAUUUUGGCUCAAAAUAUUUCAUUGGUGAGGGUGCAUAUGGGAAAGUAUAUCAAGAAGUAGUAAUCAAAAAGUUAGAUUCCAGUAAUCAGACAGAACAAGAAUUUCUUUCUCAGGUUUGGUUCAAUUGCUAUUUCUCCAUCGUAUCAAGGCUAAAGCAUGAAAACGUUGUUGAGCUUGUUAACUAUUAUGUGGAUGGUUCUUUCCGCGCUCUUGCCUAUGAGUAUGCUCCUAAAGGAUCCCUUCACAAUAUUCUAUAUGGUUAG